AUGACCGAGAAUUCGGUGGAAGAUGCGGUCCGCGCCAACGCAAAGCGCACAGUCGACCUCUUCGGCCCGGAACAUCUGAUGCUGAGCCCAACUGUACUAGAUGGCUCAAUCGGCAUGUCCUACCGACGAAAAGUGGAAUACGAAGAUGUGGUCCAACUACCACGAGCUCUAGAGGAGAAGAUCCAGGCUGCCAGCGCGCGCUCGAAACGACCCAAGAUCCGAUCCGAAGCCCAAGAGAAACAGGCCGGGUCGUCAAAUGCGCUUGUGAAGAGUACAAAGGGAGCUGGAACCGGGGGAGCUGGAGGCAUCAACGACACUAAGAGUUUGAUUGCGAGACCAUCGGCUACUCAGCAGGAGCCUCCCGAGUGGCACGCUCCAUGGAAGCUCAUGCGUGUGAUCUCUGGCCAUCUUGGCUGGGUACGAUCUCUGGCGGUGGAACCGGAUAACCAGUGGUUCGCCAGUGGUGCUGCUGAUCGCACUAUCAAGAUUUGGAACCUGGCGACUGGUGAGCUGCGCCUGACCCUUACCGGUCACAUCAGUGCCGUCCGCGGGCUGGCAGUGUCCCCGCGGCAUCCGUAUUUGUUUUCUUGCGGUGAGGAUAAACAGGUCAAGUGCUGGGACUUGGAAACCAACAAGGUGAUCCGUCAAUAUCAUGGUCACCUGAGUGGUGUUUAUACCCUGGCCAUUCAUCCUCACCUGGAUUUAUUGGUCACUGGUGGUCGUGAUAGCAGUGUGCGUGUGUGGGAUAUGCGAUCGCGUGCCAACAUCCACACUCUUACGGGCCAUACUGGGACAAUCGCAGAUGUCAAAUGCCAAGAAGCGGAUCCCCAGAUCAUUUCUGGCUCUUUGGAUAAAGAGGUCCGGUUGUGGGAUUUGGCUGCUGGAAAGUCUAUGGGUCGCCUGACCCACCACAAGAAGGGUGUGCGAGCACUCGCUAUUCACCCUCGGGAGUUCACAUUCGCCAGUGCUAGCACAGGCAGCAUCAAGCAGUGGAAGUGCCCUGAAGGUGCUUUCAUGCAGAAUUUCGAGGGUCAGAACUCAGUCAUCAAUACGUUGUCAGUCAAUGAAGACAAUGUCUUGUUCUCUGGCGGCGACGAUGGCUCGAUGUCUUUCUGGGACUGGAAGACUGGCUAUCGCUUCCAGACUUUGGAGAGUAUAGCCCAGCCGGGUUCGCUUGAGGCUGAAGCGGGUAUCAUGACAUCUACUUUUGACAAGACCGGACUUCGUCUGAUCACCGGUGAAGCUGAUAAGACCAUCAAAGUAUGGAAGCAAGACGAAAACGCGACACCGGAGACUCAUCCGGUACAAUUCAAACCUACUCUUCACCGUGAGCGGUAUUAG